ACCGCAACAACCCUGUCACAACGUGCAUACUUACUUCGAGCAAAGAUGAAGUACUCACUCUUUGUGGUCAUUGCUAUAUUCGCAACGGCAGUAAAAUGUCAAAAUUUCACGCAAGUUGUACAAACGGACAAAGGGCCAAUUCGAGGGGUCAUAUUCAAGACGAUAUUUAAUAAGAAAGAAUAUUCUGCCUUCAUUUCCAUUCCGUAUGCGCAACCACCUGUAGGUGACCUCAGAUUUAAGCCCCCUGUGGAAGCAGAACCCUGGUCGGAUGUGAUGGAUGCAACGGAGGAUAAAGCAGAAUGCCCACAAAUGGACAAGGAUGCAGUUGUUGGAAGUGAAGAUUGUCUGUACUUGAACGUAUAUACGCCACUGAUGGAUUUCAACGAGAUUGAAACGUUGAAAGCGGUGUUAAUUUGGGUACCCGGUGGUGGAUUCACAUCGGGAUCCGGUGCUAAGAGUUUGUAUGGUCCUGACUCGUUCAUAGAGGAAGACGUCAUCAUGGUCGACAUGAACUAUCGUCUCAAUGCUUUAGGAUUUCUGUCAUUGGGGAUCCCUGGUGCAACAGGAAAUCAAGGUUUGAAGGAUCAGAAUCUGGUUAUGCAAUGGGUGCAAAAGAAUAUUGCCAAGUUCGGUGGGGAUCCUAAUCGUGUAGCUAUAAUGGGCGAGAGUGCUGGUGCCGCGUCAGUGUCUCAUCACAUAAUAUCACCUAAGUCACGAGGUUUAUUCCAGAAAGUCAUAGUUCAUAGUGGUUCUUCUUUGGCCCCGUGGGGAUACAAGACACCAGCAGCGUCUAAAUUUACUGCCUAUGAGUUGGCUAAACGUAUAAAUAUUACUGCUAAGAGCGACUCUGAUCUUCUAGCCUCUCUGAAAGAAGUUGAUAUCAAGGAUCUGAUACCAGUAGCCACGGAAAUGACCAACGAAAACUUGCCGGUACCGAUGAGAAUAGCGUUCGUACCUACGUCUGAAACCGAAGAUGAUGCCUUCAUAGAUGAUUGCCCUAUAUCGUACUUCCAAUCUGGAAACUAUAAUCACGUACCUAUGAUGUUCGGUUACACUGCGGAAGAAACAAUUUUGUACUCAAUAGGAUUGGAUAAUGAAAGAUAUGAGAUAGAACAGAAGUUACUAGGUCUCACUAAGGUAGUAGAUUUGACAGGUCACAAUAAUCUCAUGAUAAACAUAGUUAACAAUGUUUUGAACGACACUGUAUGGGAGAUCAUAAAGGCUUCAUCUGUAUACGUCUUCUCCGGACCAAUGGAUCUGAUGCAAAGAUUUGUGGCCAAGAACAACGGUGAUCUACCUGUCUAUUUCUUCAGAGUGUCGUACAGGACGAAAUAUAGUUACCACGAAACAGUGAAUCCUCACAUAAACGGUACUUCUCACGCUGACGAUCUGGUUUUCUUCUUCCCUAUGCCAGGGAAUCCCACCGAUCCAAACCAUCCGUUCGUUGUGUACUCAAAGAAAGUUGUCGCGAUGUGGGCUAACUUCGUAAAAUAUGGGAACCCUACGCCUGAUGAUUCGGUCGGUGCACGUUGGGAACCUUCAGGGGAGCAGGGAUUGCAAAUGGAUAUCGGAAACGAUGGAUUCAUAAUGAAAGAUCGUUUUAUAGUCUCGCGGGAUGCCGAGGUUAUGGAGACGUAUUAUGCUGGUUUACCUGUUACGUCUGAAUGCAAGAAUUAUCCCUUUGGCGCUCCAAGCAUAUACUAAUCGAAACAAGCAACCAGCAAGAUACUCUCUUAACUCUGAACAGCAGCACGAGAUUUUUUCAAAAAUAUUCUUUCAUUUCGUCGACAUUAAAAGCAGCUCUAUUAGAUCGAAUGAUGCAAUAGCAGAGGUAUUAUGGUCCCACAGAGGAAAGUCCUCUAUUUGUUGAAAUUGUAUAUUGUAACAAAAGCCAUGAAGUAUUCUCUAUUUUGAAGCUUUUAUUGUACUUGUUAAUAUUAUGAAAUUUGCAGACUUUAAUGAAAAUAUAUUA